AUGAGGCAAAUGCUAGGUCCAAACUCAGGACAAAGAAAGAGGACUAUUUUGAAUCUGAGUCUGAAGAUGAGUACUAUAAUGAGUCGGUUUUUGCCUGAGGAGAUGAUUAGUAGAUUCAGGUCCAGAGACAGGGAGGAGCCUGAUACUGUCUUGAAGCCCAGGGCCCAGAAAGAUGAUAACAGUAAUAGGGUCAAGCAUGAGCCCAAGUUUGAGGAGGAUGUCAUCAUUGGGUCCUGGUUCUGGGCAGAGAAAGAGGCUGAUGUGGAGGCUGGGGCUUCAGCCAUCUGUGAGUCCAUGCCAGGGGAUGAGGAGGGGGUCAUUGGUGGAUCCUUGUUCUGGAUGGAGGAGAAGUCCAGUUUGGGGGCUGUGGCCAGAGAGGAGACGAGGCAGGAGUCUGAAGAAGAGGCCAUAUUUGGGUCCUGGUUCUGGGAUAAGGAUGAGCCUUGCUUUGAUCUAAAUCCUAAUCCUGUGUACAGGGUUAGUUCCAGGUUCAGAGAUUUCGCUAAAGAGGAAAUUAAUACAGCAUCCAGGCCUCGAACCUGGGAAGAGGUCACUGUUGAAUACAAACCUGGCCCUUAUAGGAUUGGCUUCCCAUCCCCAAGCUCCUUUAAAAUUUCUGGAGAAGCAUCCUCUGCAUUCAUUGAACUGUUUGAGGGAAAACCCAAUAAUGCGGAAGGGGAAGAUGAGGAAUCUUCCCCUCAGGCCAAGCAGCUCACAAUAAAGUGUGAAUCCUCCUACCGGUCAGUCACGGAAAUUAGAGAGCAUCUUAAGGCCAGGGAGAGUGCUGGAGCCUGA